AUGCGGCAUAACCCUCUUCUUAUCUCGUCUCUUGCUGCACAUACUUCGAGCAUUUUUUCCAAGGCAGGGGAAGAUCUGUCAUCACUCAAAGAAGAAAUAUUUGGAAGGUGGAGGCGGUAUUUACAGCUUAAAGAGCACCUGUAUCUUGCGUACGCAUAUGCUUUCCUUGGCGAGUCUUUGCUCAAAGAGGAUAAGUGUGGAGAAGCAGUAAGAGCUUGCAAAGAGGGUGUUGCUGAGUACGAGAUUGCUUGCGAUUUCGCUAACAAAUAUAGUACCGCUCCAGGACCAGGUACACGAAUAAAGCCCCUAGAUCAUUUGUUUUUCCGCAACGUCAAGCCUCUCUUGGUCCGCCACCUCGAAAAAGCUCAACGUGAAAACGGAUUCAUAUAUCACCAACCG